GGCGGUGGCGUCCCAAGAUGGCGUCGUGGCUGCCAGAGACUCUGUUCGAAAUUGUAGGACAAGGCCCAGCGCCGAGCAAAGACUAUUACCAGUUAUUGGUCACCCGGUCCCAGGUGAUCUUUAGAUGGUGGAAGAUCUCUCUGAGGAGUGAGUAUCGAUCAACAAAACCUGGAGAAGCCAAAGAGUCUCAUGAAGAGUUCCUAGAGAACUCCCAUCUUCAAGUUCAAAUUGCCUUAAUAUUUGGUGCAAGAAUAUUAGACUAUGUCUUCAAUUUAUGUGAAGGUAAAUUUGACUUCCUUGAACAGCUCUCAGACAAUUUGCUCCUGAAUAUCAUUUCUUAUCUGAAUCUUGAAGAUAUUGCCAGGCUUUCUCAAACAUCACGCAGAUUUGCACAGCUGUGCAUGUCUGACGAGCUGUGGGAGAAGGUAGUCCAGUCUGCCUGUGACACCAUCACGCCGGACAUGCGGGCCCUGGCCAAGGACAUAGGCUGGAGGCAGAUGUUCUUCACCAACAAGCUGCAGCUUCAGCGGCAACUCCGCAAGAGGAAACAGAGACAAGAGAGCCAGGGAAACAGUAAAUUUUAGGGACACAUUUUCUUACCGGCAGGGGGGUCGAGGCCUGGGUGUCGUUCCCUUCCGUGUCCAAAUCUCUCCCGUUUCCUUCGACCCCGAACUCAAAUUUGAACUUGGCGAUUCAAGGAGCCAUCGGAAAAGCACACCGGGUUUGCACACACCUGCAGCCCCACCCGACUAGGCGGGGCCUCGCUUGAACCACGGUCCCCCUGUUGGAGGGUCCAGUUCGUGGCCCCAGCAAAGGGCUGCUGGAUAGGAAGCCCGUGACACCCGUAAGAAAAAGAGGCUUCUGCUGUACAGAAACAAACAAUAAAUGGU